AUGAACAAAUACAGUGAUAAUUAUUAUCUCAGAGAAUGUUACUUAGAAAAGGAUGAAGUCCCUACACAAAGCGUGAUUAUAAAAACCAUGUCGCCUUCUUUGGCCACAGUUUAUUUCAAAUCCAUGACCCCCAAACUUAAAGUUCUUGCUGGCUUAGAACCUCCUUUAAAAGGUGGUGGAAGUGACUGGUAUGUUCCCCCGGAUGAUCUUUUGAAGGGAAGGUCAGUACUUAAGCCAUUGAAAAAAGAAUUUCUCUCAAAAUUAGGUUUCAACGGAAUAGAUUUUUUUGGGGACACGAUUAUUGAACAUCAUUUAAAGAGUCAAGAGGUAGAAAAACGAAAAGCCCUGCUCGAGAGCGACGUUAAUUGGAAAAGCGCUAUAGAACAAAUAUGUGAAAAACAAAACAAGGAACUUUCUAAAAAAGCUGCUCAGCGAAAUACUAACAAAAUAAAGGAUGCCUUUCAUGAAUUCACUGUGCUAUAUACGUCAUCUAUUAAUAGAAUUGAAAGUUUACUUUUAGAUGCUUCCGUAAAGGAAAUUGAACGCGUACGAAACGAAGUUCAUUCAAAAAUGUUGACUAAUUAUAAAACGUUAGUAAAACAACAAGCCACGAUGCUGUAUGACCGUUACACGAAAAAUUUACACAAUAAAAAGAUAGAGCUCAAAGAGCAAUUCAUCUGUAACGUCGAAAAAUUACGAACUGAGCUGGGUAAUAAGAUACAUGAUAUUAAUGUCGAAAAACACAUAGCUAUAGAGAAACUAAGAAAAUUGCUAGAGUGCCAAAACCUAGCUUGUCAGAUCUAUGUCGCAUUAAAAGAAAAAGAAGGGUGUGAAAAACUAAAAAACCAAUCUAAACAUGAACAUUAUAAAGUAGUCAAAAUGUUGACGGAAGAAAUCGCAAGGAAUAAUAUCGAAAUUGAAGUCGCUAAGGAGAAAGAAAAAGAGCGUGAAAAACUUAAUUGGGUAUGGAAAGCAAAAAUAUGCCAAGUUGUAAAAAAAUUUCAAGAAUUUAUUGCUUAUACCUUGAAGACAAUACCCGAGCAAGCCGACUUUUUUUUAAAUGUGGAAAAGUUAUUGUUGUUACAGCUGGGUGCAGCCGUUGAUAACCCCAGCGUCGAAAGCUUGUUUGAGCCAGAAAGAGAAAAAAUCCGUGAACCUGUUUCUGAACCUCGCCCCUUCUUUCUCUUCUGUGAUGAAGGACUUAAACCAUCGAUUAACUCUGAGAUCUGUUCGAAGCAAAGUAUUUCCAGUACAGCUCAAUUACCUGUUAUAGUUGUAAAUAAAAGAUGCAUUUACGCAGCUUGCGACAACUUAGAACAGUUUGCUGAUAAAGUUGAGCAGGUUUUGAACAGUGAACAAAUUGAAGUCCAAGCUUUGGAAGACGAUCAUGAUUAUACCUACGACAUUCCCGUCAAAUGCACUCCAUCACAUCAAUUACUAGAGUUGAAGGAUCAGAGUUCUAUGAUGCAAAUACUACAAAAAGAAAUGAUAAACACAAAAAAUGUUCCAAUUGAAUGUUGUUGUUUUUGUAAACUGCCCCAUUGCUUCAGUAACCACAUUAUACAACAAGAGGCUACAGGUUCAACAAAAAUUGAACAAAGAAGUGACAAUAUAUUAUUACCAGAGAUUACGUCAGAAAGUAAAGAAUUAUCCAAAGAACAAAUCUUAGAGCACACUCGUGAACCCAAAUUGGAGAGUUAUUUUAAAUUUGUGGAACCUAAAACCUGUAAAUGUGCCGAAAUUGCUAAGAAACCCCCUCGAGAACAUUUACCAGCAUACAUGAGAAAAAUGUCUGCGUUUGACUAUCCGGAUUUACCGAACUACGAAGAAUGUUCUCUCAAUACUUUAAAAAAAAUUGUUCAAAAGGCUAAAGAUAGAGGUGUUCCAAAGAAAGAUCUACCAAAACCAGUACCUUUACCCAAACAUAUAAUGAAAGACGUCGGCACUCAAUACUCCGAUCAAGAAUUUGAAUAUUUGUGCACAUGUUUUGAUGAGAAAGUGGCUAACAAUAUGUUGGAUUUUUUUGCAGAAAAUGUAAAAAGAAAUGAAAUCGACGCUUCAUUAAUACCGCAUUAUUUAAAUCAAAAUAUGGAAUCUUUCAUACAAGAUAGAGCGUUAUCUUUGAGAAAUUUGCUUAAACAAUCACCAGAACUAGAAGAGAUAUUCAAGAACGAACAGUGCCUUUUUUGA